AUUCAUGUAAAUUUGUGUCCAAUAAUUAGUUUUUGGAAAAGUUGUUUUACCUUAUCGCUUGAAACAGUUUAAUUUUGAGGCAGAUACUCAAACGUUUCAUAAGUUACUGUUGCUUAUGAAAAUGAAAGAAGAAAGAAAAGAUUUACUGUAUGGAAUACUUGUGAUCAUAGGUGCAUUUUGUCUUCACUUCAGUUGUGGUCACUUCUAUACCAUUUCAAACAUGACAACAUAUAUAAUGUCGUACAUAGCAGCGAGAGUUGACAAGAAUAUCAGUGAUAGCUCAGCUGUGUGGUUAUCUGCACUUGGCCUUGGAUGUCAGGGUCUGUCUAUGCCGAUAGGCGGGUUUAUGGGAAGGAAAUUCGGACCUAAGUCAACAAUGAUUGCGACUUUGAUUAUGGGAAGCGGAAGCAUUCUACUAACAUAUAUUGUUGUACAAAAGACGUUUAUUGGUGUAGUUUUUACUGUUGGGAUAAUGUUUGGGCUUUCAAUGGGAAUCGGUUAUUCCGUCGCAAUAGCUUGUGCAGUCUCUUGGUUUCCUGGUAGAAGAGGAUUAAUUGUUGGCAUAAUUGUUGGAGGAUUUGGAUUGGGCUCCCUAAUUUUUACACCAAUCCAAACUGCAUAUAUUAACCCAUCUAACUUAAGGGUGGACAGUCAAACAAGGCGUUUCACCGAUCCAGAGCUUCUUGAUAGAGUCCCUAAUGUUUUCUUGGUGAUGGGUUCAAUAUUGGCAGCGUUGCAGUUAGUGGCAUGCAUACUUGUCCGUAUGAAACCAAUCUCAAAAGAAGAAGAUGAGGAAGAAAAUGAAGAAGAAGGAUUAGAAAGUGCAAAAAUUCAAACUAGUCCAUCUACAGAUUCAAAAAAGAAGAAACUAGUAGAUGGCGAUUCACAACGUAACACUGUGGUGGAAGUAAACGUCCAAUCUGGAAAGCUAUUACGUCAUAUUGACUACUACCUUUUAUUUUUUAUGAUGCUUCUUAACUGUUUUCCAAUAUCUGUUCUUACAAGUUCAUUAAAGAUCUUUGGACAAACGCAUAUAAGUGACGAUAGGUUUUUGUCAACUGUAACAGCUGUUACUUCUCUUUUCAACUGUGGUGGACGUGUAGCCUGGGGUGCUAUUGUGGAUCAUUUUUCUUUCAAGAUACCAAUCUGCAUACAACUGUGUUUAUGGGGUGUAUUACUAUUUACGUUUCCUAUUAUUGCAUAUACAACUGGAAUCGUAAUAAAAAUCUUAUAUGUUAUAUGGGCAUGUGCCUUAUUUUUCUUCUUGUCUGGUGUUUUUUCCAUGAUGCCAGCAGCAACAGGGUCUAUAUUUGGUCCAAUAAAUUUGGCUGUCAACUAUGGAAUGGUUUAUCUCGGAUUUGUAAGUUUGAUUAACUGAUAGUUAACCUACUUAAUAAUAAUUAAGUUAAAAUACCACACCUUUUGUUUUUAACUAUUUGUAAAGACAUUUCAUCAUGUUAGUCAACCUUGAACUGUAAAACUAAACAGUAAUACUACUAAGUUUUGCUGAUACAUCACGGCAUAACAUUUCUAAGGAUAUGUGUUAUUUAGAACAGUGUGUAUGUUAGCAGUGUUUGUAAAGUGGGUUAACAAAAAAGUGAAUAACAUUGGUAUUGUACCCAAUAAACUGCACUGGUUAAUAUUAAAUUGCUAACCAAACAUAAAGUUGGAAACACCCAAGAUGAAUGUUCAAAUACAUUGAUAGAAAGUCUUUCUAAGAAUUAAGAUUGGUGAAUUGACGCAAAACUUAAAUUUGGUUAUCGACACACUUAUUACUUUGAGGUAAAUUAAUUUGUAAGAACCGACUCAGAUAUAUUCAAAUUGUCAUUAUACGCAAUACCUAUCAAAAACGUAAGCUCAAUUACUACUAUUCACAGUUCAAAAUCUGAUCAUAUUAGAUAGAUGCAAAGACAGAUCAUCGAUUUUCAGAGAACAGUGAUAGAAUUCUCAAAUAAAAGAGAUCUCAACCAGCUGUAACACUUGAGAUACAUUUGCCAUGUGAAAGGAAAACCGUACAUUCGAUACUUUUAUCAAUGUUCAUUCAAUAUUACUAUUUCACAAAGCCUACUCAAUUUAAUCAUAAAUUGUUUGUGGGUUCUAAUACCCAUUUAUUUUUUUAAACAGAAACCCAUAUUAAUUUGAUUUAUAAGGAGAUCUGUUAACAAAAGUUCAUCUUAAAAGACAAUUAAAUUACCACUUAUUUAUGAUCCGUUUGUUUUUAUGACAUUUUGGUGUUUCAAACAAGUCAUUUGGAUCAGUACUUUCUCUUGUGGUGAGUAUUUUUUGGAAAGUAUCUCCUGAAAUCUACUUUGCCGUUUCUGGAUGUGUAUGCUUAGUUACUUUUGCCUUAGCCAUAUGGCUUGAUGACAGGAAUUUACCCAGACGUCUACUCUUUAUGAAUUGGUUCUCAAAACAAUGUUUAUCCAGUCGAGUAUCUAAUCAACUAACAGUUGACACAUGUGAAGAUUUGUGAACUAGACAGAAGCAAUGGAAACUACUUAUUUUUAAGACUUAUGAAAAUGAAACACCCAAAAGCCCUGCUUUUUCUCUGCUUUUAUUUAUAAUAGUUAUUAUUAGUGAUGAUCUUUCUUUUUGAAAUCAAUAGUAAACAUAAUGCAGCAAGUAAACAAUUACUUUCAGAAUUUUUCUUAUUUCAAUGUACUUUAUUCAUUUUUACUAACUAUUUUACCCAAAAAUAUUCGUAAAUUCAAAUCUGGAAAUCUUUUUGGGAGGUAAAAGCACAGUCAAAAUAAAAAUGUUUCGUCAAUG